AGAGCCCCAGGGCGGCGGAGGGUGGCGGAGGGUGGCCUUAGCGCCUUCACCACUGCACCGGGAAAGAGCUCGAAGGGGCCGGACGGGAGCUGCCCGGAACCUCCGUGGCGCGCUGUGCUUCCCGCGGAGGCCGUUCCUCUCCCGGCUUCCGCUUCCGGGCAGCGGUCGUGUCCUGACGGAGGGUCGCGCAGCGGGCAGUAUUAUAGGGCUUGUGAUAAGACUACUUUCACUAGCAGUGCUGAAGACUGAAAACUCACUGUAUUGUGCCACAAAACAGGUAUGGGGCAUGGAAAUGAACAUGGCCAUGGCCACGGUCACGGCAAAAUGGAACUCCCUGACUAUAGGCAAUGGAAGAUAGAGGGUACGCCUCUUGAACAAGUUCAGGAAAGGCUGGCUAGACGGGGUCUGAGGGAUCCAUGGGCUCGCAACGAAGCCUGGAGGUUUAUGGGUGGCUUUGCAAAACCUGUUACCUUAACAGAAGUCCUUACUAAGGGAUUCAAGUGGGGAUUUGCAGCUUUUGUCAUAGCUCUUGGCGUUGAAUAUGUAAUGUUUCCUCCGAAGAAGAAUGGAGGUCAUCACUGAAGAUCAAGUAUGAGAACUUGUUGUUUCUAAACUAAAACGUACAAUAGCUUGCUUCUCCUUCUAUACCUAUAAUAUUAAAGUCUGUCCAUCGCAGGCAGAAA